AUGAGCUUUCGAGAGCUUGAGCAACCAGUUCAUUUCGGUUGUGUCAGAGAAGUACUCAGUGAUCCAUAUGGCAAUAUGAUUAUUACCAUUGGUCAAGAUGACGGAAGAAUUCAAAGACUAAACGAAACAGAUUUAAGUGAUGCAGCAAACACAAAUUUAGAGAAAAUUUCGGAAGACAUCCUGCAAUCAGCAUCUUUUUGUUCAGAUCACAAGUCUAUAAUAUGCGGUGGUACUUCAAAAGUCUUAUAUAAGGUCGAUUGGCCAGAAAUUCAAACAAUUCACAACAUACUAACUCUUCCAGAAUCCAUAACUUUCAUCUCAUGUUCUGGCAAAGGCAACAAUGUUCUUGUUUGCUGCCAAAACAACCAAUAUUUCGUUAUCGACCAUACAAGCGGAACAAUUAUUUACGAGAAUACAGCACCAUCAGAAAUAUUAUGGGCAAAAAUGAGCCAUGAUGGUCAAUAUUAUUCUAUAUAUACACAAUCACAAAAAUUACACGUUUUUUCUUUAAACAACAACGCAAACAUAUUUGAGAAAGAGAUCAAUUGUCCUCCUACAUCAUUAUCUUGGGGAUAUCCAGCCUAUUUACUCUUCUCUUCCGAAUCAGAAAGUUCGAAGUUUUCAAUUUUAGACGUAAACCAUCAAACAGAAGAUAUUAUUACUAUUUCUGAUAUGUCAACACCAAUUAAAUUCUUAUCACUAUCCCCACGUGACUAUAUUACAGCUAUUGACUCAGAAAGUAACAUUUUCAUUUUCAAGAGACCACAAACAUUAAACAACAGCAACCAAACGAUCAAAUCACAGUUCUACAUGAAAUCAUCUAUCACUGGCAUCAAAUGCAUUAACUGGUGUUUGAGUUCUAUCAUUGGAGGAAAUGAAGAUGGAACAAUUUUCAAAAUAGAAUUUUCUGAACUCUCUGACAUACAAACUCCUGCAGGCGAAGAUAUCGAAGAAGUUGUAACACAAGAUUUCAUCUCAGAUAAUGAAGAUAAAGAUAAAAUUGAAGAAAAAAAUGAAAAUAAAAAAGAAAAGAAAAAUUCCAAAAUCGAUGCUUUCGGAAGUCUCAAAACAUCUAUGAAAGACACAGACACUGUCCAAAAGAAGAAAAUGGCUAAAUCUAAAAGUCAUGCUAAACAACAAAAGCUUGAUUUAGUGCCAAUCCAGAAAACAAUUAAAAAUCCAAAACCAUUAGAAAAAAGUAACAGUGAUGAUGAGUCUCAUGUUUCAUCUUUGGCUCCUUUGAUAGAAGAAGAAUAUUCCAAUCAAUCUAAGGGAUUUUUGUCUGAUUCAGAUAAUGAAAAAAAUUCUGAAAAUAAUAACGAACAAAAAGUGACAGAAAACACAUCAAAACCACAAGAUUUUUUGGAAUCAGAAUCGGAUGAAGAAAAUUCCCAAAAAGUACCUCCAAAUUCCGAAAACAGAACUGUAGAUAAUUCAGAACAUGUCUACGAACCUCCUCCACCAUUACCAUCCGAUGAAAGUGAUUUUGAACAAAAGAAAAACGACGAAACAAAGAAGAAUUAUGUCGAAACAUUAACAAGACAGUUUAUGCCUGGUUGUGUUAAUGUUGAUAAUGAUGAUGAAGAUAGAAUUGUCUGUUUCAAUAGUACAGCAGUAGCAAUACAAGGAAUGAAAGAUUUCGCAGAAAAAUCUGUCAAAUUAUUAAGACCUGAUUCUAUCAUGCCAUUUGCAGAAAUAGAUGGUCAUGAUACAAUCAAUGCACAGUUUGUUUCUAUCUACGGACAGAAUGUCAUCAUUUGUUCAUCAACAAGUUACGUGUUGAGAGUUUAUUCCGAUGAUGGACAAACAAUUUUAAAUGAAGCAAAAGGAAAUUUAGAUUUUGGAGAAAGUGCUGUUCUUGUUGCCGCUGGAUCUUCUUUCUUUGCAAUUGCAACAUCAUUAAACAGAUUCCAUAUAUUGGAUACUGUCGGUGUUGUUCUUGCUUCUAUAGAAUUAGAUAAUAGGCCAAUAACAAUGGCUGCUUUUGAUGAAUUACUUGUUAUUGUUACUGGAUCUCUUCAUAAAUUUGAGAUUUUCCAUGUGGAAAGUCGCAAAUCAAUUGCUAAAAGUUUAUUGGCUGGAAAACAACCUCUUAAAUGGAUAGGUUUUGAUGCUGAAACUAAAGAAUGUUUCAUACAAAGUGGUGAUAAUUAUAUUUUCAAAUUAACAGAAAACUUUGGUACUUUUUGGUCACCUGUUUUAGAUUUGAACAAUGAAUUACAAGGAAAUGAAACAUUCUAUACAGCUUAUGUUGAAAACGGAUAUAUCUAUGGAUACAUUAUUAAAGAAGGAGAAAAAGUUCCAAACACAAUUCCGCUUCCAUCUUUAGUUACAUUAAGAACAAGUCCAAUAACAAUUAUACCAAUAAAUAGUCCUCUUUCUUGUAGAAAUCCUGAUGCUGCAGCAAUAUUAGAGAGAUUUAGAGAUUGCCUCGUAGAAAGGAAAUAUCUUCAAGCUGUUCAAGUUAUACAAUUAACAGAUGAUGAAGAAGUGCAUAGAAGAGCUUUGGAAUUCGCAGUGAUGAGAGGAGAAAACACUAUUAUAAAUAGAUUGGAAGAUUUCAUAAACACGCCUAAAGAAAAGCCAUUUAUUUUCCGUGAUAAGAGAAUAAAGAAAUGCGAAUUAAAGAGAUUGAAACCACCUCCAACAAAUGAUGAAAAUGAAGAAGAAGAGGAAGAAAAGAAUGAAAACCAGAUCGAAAAGAUGAAAGAGAAACCAAAGAAUGAUAAACCUAGAGAAUCACAGAGAUCAACAAUAUUUGAUAUACAAGUUAAGAAGAAACGUAUUGAUUCUGAUGAAGAACUUCUUGAUGAUCUUGAAAAUGUUCCUGAAUCUCUCAAAGCACCGAAGAAACAAACGAAAACUAAAGCUAAAUCUAAACAAACAGAUGAACAAAAGAAGACUAAAAAGACUAAGAAAUCUAAAGAUGAUGAGAAACAGAAGGAAGAACCAAAGAAGAAGAAGAGAACAAAGAAGCAGAGAUUGGCUGAUGAUUCCUCAUCUUCUUCCGAUGAAGAAAAAGAAGUCGAAGAAGUUGAAAAAGAAAAUGAAAAAGAUAAAGCAAAGAAGAAGAAAUCUACUGAUAAACCAAAGAAGAAACAAACAAAGAGGAAGCUUGUUGGAUCUACAAAGCCUACUGGUAUUUCUUCUCUUGCAUCUUUCGGAUUUUCUUAA